AUGGAUAAUCAACCAAUAAAACUUAAAAGUAAAGACGGUGAAAUAAUAGAAUUUGAUCAUAAAAUAAUAAAUUUAAGUAUCUGGAUAAAAAAUGCACCAAACUUUGAUGAAAUAAUUCCUGUUGAAUUAUCAUCAGAUUCUUUAAAAUUUAUAUUAAAAUUUAUGUAAGUACAUGAUUAUGAAGAAAGCAGUAUGAACUAUAAAUUCCCUUUUGAAUCUGAUAUUUUGAAAGAUCAUAUAGAUGAAAAAUCAUAUGAACUUUUUAAGUAAUUCAAUACUUCUGAUAUUAAGGAGAACGCUAAAAAGCUCGCACCAUUGUUAGAUGCAGGAUUUUUCUUGGAUAUAAAAAAAUUUAGAAAAAUAUGUAAUGUUACUUUACAAAUUCCUCUUUUCUGUGGAACUACUGAAGAAUAAAUUAAAAAUUUCAAAGAAAAAUGGGGAAUCACAGAAGAGGAUCUUUCUCCUGAAAAUUAAAGGAAAAUUAUGGAAGAAAAUAAACCUGUUUUUGAUGCUAUCAAAAAGAAAUAUUAAGAAUAGCUUGAUGAACUUUAAAGAAAAGCUGAAGAAGCUAAAUAAGAUUGA